AAAAUCGACAAGUGGAGCGCCAAAGAAGCCCAUCCUUAGCGUCAAACAUGCGCAGAACUACAACCGGGCGAAAUCGGAGGGGAGCACGCCAGCAAAUGGCACAUCCCAGUAUAACCUGGACGGGGUCAUCGCUAAUCUAUCCAAGCCUUGGACUUCCAACGAAACGCGCAAAGCAUCUAUUAGACGUAAGCUCAACAGUAUUGUAAAUGCCAAGGAAUUUACUGUCUUAACGAAGAACUCCACGGUUCCUGGACAGAAUUUAACAUUUGCCAUAAACCCAGACCUAAUCCAUAACCUCACGGACGAGGUUUAUCAGAUGUUACCAAAGGAAUCUCCAUUUGCCAAAGUGAAAUUGGAACGCUGUAGCGUUAUUGGGAAUGGCGGUAUAUUAGCAAAUAGUUACUGUGGUAAGAAGAUCGACAGUUCCGACUUUGUAUUUAGAUGCAACACACCUCCUUUGAAAGGAUAUCAGAAACAUGCAGGAACCAAGUCCAGCUUGACUUCCAUUAAUCCAGGUGGUGUCAUCGAUGUUAAGUACAGACGGCUUAAGGAUAUAGGCUACAGAACCAAGUUCCUCAGAGAUAUGAAAGCCUACGGAGAUCUUCUUAUCCCAGCCUAUGGUGUGAAUAUGCCCGCGUACAGGACUAGCAUGCUAGCCUUGCGGCUUCUCCGUCAGAACAGAUCCACCACGCGGGGUCUGAUCAUUAACCCGGACCACUUCAGGGGGCUGCAGGAUUUGUGGAGGCGGAUGGGUCUUAAAAGUCGCAUGACAACAGGGUUUUAUCUUGCGUCAGUGGCUCUGUCCGUGUGCAAUUCCAUCGAACUCUAUGGCUUUUGGCCGUUUGCAAAGGGCCCUAAGCACCGUCCAGUGCCUUACCAUUACUACGACAGGCUCAAAAUCUCCAAGGGCGUUCACAACUUCAACUGGGAAUUUGACGUCCUAUAUCAGCUGCAUAUGGGGGGUGUAUUACAGAUGCACGCUGGCCCGUGCACGUGAUAAUGAAAGCUAAACUGAAGUAUGACAAAAUACCUUUAAUCUUAGAGAAAAAAGUACUUUUAAGUGUUGCAGGAGGCGUUCAUCGGCGAUUCGUUUAGUAUUUAUGCCUUUGACGCCAAGCCGUCAGUACGGGGGUUAAUUUUUUGUAUUUUCAAAGCUUAUCCACAACUCGGGCAAGUUCGAUCAAGGACCAAAGUUACCCAUAGGUCGACUCACUCAGAUCGAACGUACGCUAGUCGACGAUGGUUGGUUGGUCGCAUCGUUCGGUGCCAUAAACCGUUUUAAUAGCACAGCGUAGAGAGGACCAGCGAUAAGAAAAAUGCCGGAAAAAGUAUGUCAAUCGUAAACGACCAUUUUCACUUUUAUUUUUACUGUUUUGCCCUUCCUGCGACCACUUUUUCUUCCCUUCAGCCUAAUGACCUGACAACGGUUGACUAGGGUCGUUUGCACUUCAACUUCACUGCACAUGCGCUAGGUACGUCACAACUAACCAGUAGUGAACUGGUGAUCCUUGAUCGAACUUGCCGAAUGUUAAGUGCGUUUGUAAUUGAUUGCAGCUACCAAGAAGGUAUGGAGGUGCUCUUUGCUUGCUGGAAAUUUGUUUAUAGCAUUGGCUCUGUCGCUAGGAAAAUUGGCAAAAACAUACACAGAGACAGGAAGUAGCAGCGCAGUUCUAGGCCGCAUAAAAAGUUGUUACUCGUCCUUUUUCCCAAAAAGUUGGGUCGACUGGACUGUUUUUCCCUCAUGGCAUCACUAAACUUCCAUUUUCAUAUAUUUCGCUUUUGUCACGGCUCCAUGUCAAUCGAUUCCACUUGCCGAUAUUUUUCUGUAAGAAGCCAAUGGGUCUGAUGCAUUACCUACACAUACGUGUUGCACGGCCGAUUGCCAAACCUCAGCCUUGUCUACAAGUUGCCUCAUUUUGAAUCCACUGACUUUGGAAUUUCUAGCCCGGUGAACAAACAAAAGUAGUUUUUGCAAGAGGAGUAUCAAACUUAAUGCUAUUGACCAAAAGAUGGAAGUGUUUUCAUUUAGCUUGCACAAAACACAGACCAACAAGCGAUUUCAAUGUCAGAUAUCAAAUAUUUUGAUGGGACCCAUAACAUACAAGCACUGCAGGACUGCCCAAGCAUGCGGCACAACACGAAAAAGGAUACCAACCAGUAAGCAGAUUAUAAGUGAACGGAACAGGUCUCUGAUUUUGAUAUGACUCUAGCGCACGCCGCGGGGCCCGCACCACAACUUGAUCCGCAAUUCAGCAUGGACAGAGACUUCUGAAGAUACCAGAUAGGUUCCUCUUUGGAUUUUUCCCUCUAUUUAUACAUGUACAUGGAUUAUACUUUUGUACCCAGAAGUGAAUUCUCAAGAUCUCUGAAUCUUCACCAUAUACACUGUUAUGCAUUUAAAAAAAAAGAAAACGAAAGUUGUCGGGGCGUUUUGUUGGUGGGGCGGGGACGAUCAACAACUUAUUUUUAUACGGCCUUAAAAACUAUUUUGCCAAAAGGGGGCAUGUUUACAUUCUGUUAUUUAACAAUUUUUCAAUACCAAAUAUUUUUUAACUUAUAAAGGGGCUAUUUCCAAAGUAUAUAGGUCUAGUUUACCAUCUGCUGUGGUUUCUUUAGGCUGACUUAAUUGUUAUAAGCAUUCUAUUCGGUUUAUCCUACCAAAGUAGUAGUUUCAUCAUCAUCAACAGAACUAUUAGAAUGGGGAAAUCAAAUGCGUAAUUGAAAGACAGAAAAGAAAGUGUUGGUUGCUUACAUUUCCAAAAAAUUCAUAGUUGUGACAAAUUCUAUGACCAACAAUCACAUUUCUAACAGCUUCAGCAAAGCCGACCAGUGACGUGGGUUUGGUUGACAGGUUAUUUCGUGCCGUACUUUGCAUUCUACGGGUAUUUGAGAAUGCCUCCGCUUUUGGGUGCCGUCAUAAUCACGCCCCAAAACCCUUGCAAAGCAUCAUUGGAAUUGGAUGACUGACAUGCCAUGUAUUGUAUGUAUCAACAUUUUGAAGUACAUGUACUGGAAAUCGAGUCAUCUUUUCACACUUUUGAACUGAGCAUUUGGAACAGUAGUCUUUACCAAAAAAAUCAGUUUGAAAUCAAGCAGAAGAAAAAAAUCCCUGAACAUUAGCUUUUCUCUUGGACUGUAAUCGCCGUACACUUAUUGAUAAAUACCAGUGAAUUGGAGUUGCCAAUCAGGCUCAUGAUUUAAAUCUCAUUGGUUGUGCAUUGACCAAUCACAUUCGUUUUUAGCCUGGUGUCUUGAUCCCCUACACCAAUAUUUCCCCUGUAAGCUCUGACACAUUAUUUUUUUUAACUUUAUUUUUAUAUUUCUCAGUAAUUAUCUUUUUAUAUGUGUUAUACGUGCAUCUGCUAUUCGAUGAGCAGGUACUCGAGAAAUAUUCUGAAGAAAAAUAGAACUGAUCGCUGACUGGUUCACUUCCCCUUGUACAGUAAGCUUGCGCAUAAAAUACAUGGCUUGUUUGUCAUUCGGUCCCAUGAAGCAAUGAGAAUGUCAAUUGGACGUUUCUCACGGCUUCAUCCUGUACACUGAGACGGAAACAAGACAACCAAAACAAAACCCACAACCGCGAGGCUGUUGUUUACACUGGCUGGGUCUGAAUGACUAUACAUGCACCUGCAUACAGCAGGACUAGCGUUCGAUCGGAGGUAAGUGAGCCAGGGUAAGCAAAGCUCUUGAUUGAAUCGAGUUGGAAUCAGUUGGAAUGCUUUGGUCCUUUGUAAACCUGAAAUCGCCUGCGAGUGUCUUGAAUUGCAAUUUUUUUCAAAGCGCUAUUUAUUAAGGGCUCAUUUGCGUAAAUGCAUUUUCUGCUUAACGAAAAUUGCAGGGUCCUUUUAAAAAAAAACGGGGUGGGGUGUCGACACGUCUAUUCCAGGAGAAAUCACUUAUUCACUUCAGAAUAACUCGGGAUGAACGCAAGCCUGUGAUUUUUCCUCACAAGCUCUGAACACAGUACGGAUUUAAUUAAACACAUACAAUGUCAUAAUUUACACUUCAGGACAAUUCCAUGUAUAGAAUUGGAAAUACGAGAUGUGUUUGUUGAGAUUUCUAUUUUAGUACUAUAAGUUAAUUUGAUACAGUGAAAGUAAUGAGUCCAGGGACGUGUUUCCGUAAAUCAGUCGUGUCUUUUAAUGAACGACGCUUAUAUUCACGGAAAUGAGGUAUACAUGUAUAUUGUAUACCAUGAAAACGUCAGAAUGAGAAACUCAUAAUUCUGAACUCGUGGUGACUUAGCUGCCACGUGUCAUGGGGCGGGGAACAGCUUACUGAUUUCCAUUUUGUUCUGUAUGCAAUGUGAUUUGGGUACUAGACAUUGUAAUCUCACCUGCUCACCAAAGUGAGCGAGUUUUAUUCCUUGACCAACGACUGUGUGGAGGUAGCUAUGGGAUGUGAAAGUUUUAUUAAACGAACACAGCAAACGGG